GAUAUAACCCGGAUAAGCAGCACUAUGGACCGUUUGUAAGACUGUACGAAUGGAUAGAAAUGAUGCGAUCACAUCAAGGGCCUUCUCAUUUCGAGCUCAGCACAGAGGAGAGAAAGAGUACAAGAAAGAAGUAGAACAACUGAAGGCUGCGGCUUUAUCCAGAAGAAGAGUGCUAUUUGAAGAGCCAGAUCAACACUUUGAAACACAGCAAAUUAAGAAAGACGUGUCUAGCAAGAGAACAAGAAAACUACAAGCAUCACAAGAAAUUCGGGCAAUGCCAAGACCGAAAGAUACUCAGGUGGUUCUUGCAGGAUCUUCUGCUCUGAAGCCUAUAGCAGAGGAUCCACUGACAGCAACUAAUCGGCCUGCAGUUUCAAGAAAAGGUAGAAAAGAAACAGAGAGUACUGCUGAUGGAAACAGCAGCAAACAGGAUAGAAGGGGCUUGGAAAGAGGGAAAGGACUUGCACUUAUUAGCUCAUUAAACACUGUAGGACCUGUUCCAGUUGCUGAAAGGAUGCCACCGAUGAAUAAAAGAUAUAAACAUGUUGCCAAGGCUGAAUGUGACAAGCAAUCUAAUCAUUCAUUUGCGAGUACAGAUAAGCUGGCUUCAAAUGAAUCUAACCCUCCACCUUCAUUGCUGCACAUAAAAAAAGUCAGGAGUCUACCACAAAUAUUUUGUUGUGGUGACAUGAAGACUUUAGCUGAAGAGAAAUGCAAGCCUGGGGAGGUACACAAUCCUGAAGAGGCACACAAGCUAGAAGAAGAAGGCAUGAUUGAUCAGGCACACAAGCCUGAGGAGGCACACAAGCCUGAGGAGGACAGCAUGCUUGAGGAGGCACGCAAGCUUGAGGAGUCAGUCAAGCCUGAGAAAGAAGGCAAGCCUGAUAAGGCACAUAAGCCUGAUGAGGCACACAAGCCUGAUGAGGCACACAAGCCUGAAGAGGCACACAUGCCUGCAGAGACACAUAAGCCUGACAAAGAAGGCAUGCCUGAGGAGGAAGGCAAGCGUGAAGAGUCAUCAUACAAGCCUGAUGACGAUGGCAAGCUGGAGGAGGCACCCAGUUCAGACAGUAAUGAUACACAUAUAAGAGCAAGCACAGCAUUUUCUGUCGUAAGACCAUGCUCUACUCAAUCGGAGUAUGAAGCUCUUAUGGGAAAACUAAAACAGCCAGUGACAACAGCAGACAUCAUACAAGUGCAGGGCAAGACAAAGAUGUUGAGUAAACAAGCCAAGCCUCAUUACAAGCAACUUGAAAGUGAGCAAGAAACAAGAGUUUCACAGCGCCCUCCAAGGAUUGAUCAUAGCAGUAUGCAUGAUUUUUGCAACCACUUCACGUCACAACAGCCACCUGGCUUUGAACAAUUGACCACAAAAUCAGGAACUGAAACACCAAAGAGUCAAACAAAUAGGAUUGUGUUCAAAGAAGGAACAGACAAAACAGAAUCAUUUUUAAAAUUACAGAUUGAGGAUGCUAAUGAAAAGGAACACACACCAAUAAAAGAAAUGGACUCUUUGGAUUUGGCUGCUAGAACUAGCAACCGAAUACAAUAUGUUGAGAAACGGCUGGAAAGUGAAUUGCAGUCUGAUAAGUCUAUAUUGAAGGAAACAGAUACACUCAGAGUUAAAUUAAAGAAAGGAGAAGACAAACCAAAAGGAAAGACUGCUGUUGAUAGGAAGGAGUGGGUUGAACAUUUAGCUACUCUUGUAGGUCAAAUGCUUGGUAGUGAAAGCUUGUUUGUGACGGGGAGUCAAGAGGUGGUUACUGAUACAUCAAGACUUUGUUGGCAUCCUGCACCUCCCAAGCUAAAUUACCAUCCUGAUGUCAUUCAGUCUCAUCUUUUUCCUGAAUACCAAGGUGCCUCUCUUCCAACUGACACAAAACCAUUUGAUGGUGGAGUUGAUUCUGAUGAUGAUCUUGAUGGGGAAAUGACGGAAGAGAACAUCGAUGGGAAACAGUCAGCAGGCCAGCUUGAAAUGUUGUCUAGAAAAUGUACAUCAGCUGUGGAUUUUACUGCAAUAAGUCGAUUACGAGCCGAUCCAUUUAUCUCAAUGCCUCUUGAUCAUGGCCCUAUGCUGCCUGCUGCUGUUGGUUCUGAAGAGUCGGUUGUAUCUUGUCUAGUUGAUGGGGGAAAUGAGAGUAUUGCUCUCAGUGAACUAUCACAAGAUAUUCAAAGCACUCAAUGGGAAGGAUUGGCUGAGGUGGUGUCUGAAGUUGGAAGUGAUGACGAUCUCCUAGAUGAUAGGCAGUCUUGUGGUGAUGGAGAAAACUCACAAGGUGAAGUAAACUUUGUAGAAGAUAGCAAGGAUCAGAGUGAAGAAAUUCAACACGGGCCAAGCUCAACAAGUAUGAGGAAAUAUCAUUCUUCUAGUGCACAGACAGAAAGGAGUUCGUUCUCUAGUGCUCCAUCUCUUGGCCUGAAGAUGGCUGCUCAUACAUAUGAAUACACGUUUGAAGAUGUUCAUGAAUGGAUGACUGAAUCUUCCCAGGUUGAUCUUAUAGUGCCUGAACAAAAGACAGAAGAUCUAGACCAAUUACUGGAGUAUCCAGUGAAACUACCUCUCAGGAGAGCACAAUCUCAGCCACUGUUGUCUGAAUCGUCUCCCCUGCUAAUGUUGCCAACAGAUUUUGAGACGAGCAUGAAGGAGGUUGAAGAACAGAGAAAGCAGAUGAUUGAAGCCAAACAGCGUAAAGAUGUUGCUCAGCAAAGUGGAGUUUGGACAAUGACUUCAAUUGAUAUGAGUAUAUCAGAUCCAACUGGAACUGGGACCACACCAUCGUUGCCUCCCACAAAGUUCAGUUCCUACAUCAUGCCAUCUUUGGUUGCAAGCUCACUAGCAGCUGUAAGAAUUCGUAAGAAAAUUCGAGGUGGCCGCACAUCACGAGUUUCUAAGGCAGCAAGGCAAAGGAAGACAUACUGUGUUUCAAUGCUGAAACAACCAUCAACUAACCUUGAAAGGAGAAUGUCUUGUCCAAGUUUUGAAUAUCUGAUUGACAGGAAAGACUUUCCCCUAAAACAGAAACAUGUUGUAAGACCCGAGAAUCUCAAACAAACAACAAGUGUAGUUUUAGAUGCAAAUUGCUUUGACACAUGGUGUGCUCAAGCUUCAAGGUUUGGCACAAGUUCAUUUUUGUGGGCACAGCUGAAAUGGGACGAGUGGUUUUCUGAGAUGUAUAAUAAGGGUCAUGGAAAUAUUCAAGCCAAGUAUACACCCUCAGUUGCUGAUGGAUCAGCUGAGUUUGAAGAGUUGAUAAAUCUUGAUAUUCCAGUAGAUGACACAAACAGAGAAAUGAUGCAGGCAAUGUCAGAAGAGACAGUGAGACUUUCUAACUUGAUUGAUGUGUCAUCUGAGUCAACAGCUUGCUAUUUGUGCAGACGAGGUGCUCUGUACAGAAAGAUGGGAAGACUGAAAGAUGCAAUGGAAGAUCUAAACAGAGCCAUUGAACUUGAACGUCAUCAAUUGGAUGCAUACUGGAACAGGCAUUUGCUGUAUAUUCUACAGAACAAUGACAAGGCUGCCAUGAGUGAUUUAGCUUUCAUCACUAAGAAGAACAAACGGCAUGCAGGAGCAUAUCAUGCCAUUGCUCGACUGUUAGAGAAAGAAGGAGACCUCACAAUGGCAAUAAUGAACUACUCACUGGCCAUCAAUAUAAAGCCUAAUAAUGGCGAAGCUUACUAUCGUCGAGCUCAGCUGUAUGAAAAGAGAAAUGACAUGCAGCUGGCAUUAGCAGACUACACUAAGGCCAGUGAACUAAUGGCAGGUAGAACGGAUGCCAAAUUCAAACGUGCCAAAUUUAACUUUGAUUCAGGUAAAUUUGUAAUGGCGAUUUCUGAUUUUUCCGCUUUGCUUCAGGAAGAUCCACUGAACGCAGCAGCAAGAACGUACAGAGGCAGAGCAUAUGCUAAGCAGGGAGACUUUCAGAUGGCCGUUCAAGAUUAUUCUGCUGCCAUUCAUCUGGAUCCUAGCAAUGCUACAGUUUUCUAUUACAGAGGCUGUCUGCUUAGAAAAUUGCACCCACAAAAGGCUCUGGAAGACUUGAGUGUCUCAUUAUUAAUUGACAAUUCAGUCAAAAAUACUAUGGCCUUCCUGCACAGAGGUAUCCUUUAUACUGACCUGAAGAAAUUUGAUGAAGCUAUUCCUGAUUUCCAGGCUUGUAUUGAGCUGGAUAAGAACAUCCCUUGUGUUUACACUAAUCUCGGCCUUAUUUACAUGCAGCACCUAGGUGCACACACAAGAGCUGCUGCAUGUUUUAAUGAAGCUGUAGUUAUUGACCCUACAUAUGUGAGAGGUUAUGUAUGUCAAGGUGAUGCACAUGCCAAGAUGGGAAAGCUUGAUGAGGCUAUACGAGAUUACAGUAGAGCUAUUCACAUCAGACCUGACAUCCCUGAAUAUCAUCUGUACAGAGGCAGGUUGCUUUUGGAAAAAGGCGAUCUUGAACUAGCAUCAUCCCAUGUCAGGCAUGCAGUUGAACUCAAUAAGGCAAGUCUUGGAUCAUCAGUGACUCAACAGGCAGUUGUACAGUCAUUCUUACACAACCACAAUGAGGCCAUCAACGUUAUUGAUUCUUCUCCUCAAGCCAGUACAAGUCCUUCAUUGCUUAUUCUCAGAGGAAAGACUUGUUUGAAGGCUAAGAAAUAUCUUCAAGCAAUUGACAGUUUUACUCAGGCUCUCAGUCUAGUGUCGACUCCUGCUCAUGUGAAACAACUCAACUGUAGUCGAGCUGAAGUUCACUUUCUCAUUGGUCAAUGCUAUGCUGCAUUAGAACUCCACAGUCAGGCUCUUGUUUCAUACAAUGCAGCUAUCAAAAGAGACCCAGCAAAUGCUCAAGCUUAUUAUCGACGUGGACUUGUCAGGUUUAAGCUGAAACAACCAAGAGCAGUGACUGAUUUCAAUCGAGCUCUAGCUGUUGAUUCAAGUCUCUUUCAAGCAUAUUUGAGUCGGGCUGCUUAUUAUGCAGCGAAGAGACGAUACACUAAAGCAAUACUGAAUUGCAAUGAAGCUGCACGUCUUCAACCUGACAGUGUCCGAACUUAUCUGUACAGUUUAUGUGAAAUGUAUAGGGGAGUAUUGAAAUGUCUCAUUGGUGUGUAUGAGCACGCUAUUGUUGACCUUAGUCGUGCAAUCAGUAUUGACAUCCAAUGCACACUGGCUUACUACAAUAGAGCAUGUUGCUUUCACCGGAUGAAGAAAACUGAGAAGGCACUGAUGGACUAUGGCACUGUCUUACUGAUGGAGAAUGAACAAAAUCUGAAAGUUUUCCUGAACCGUGGAUUACUUUACUUUGAAGUAAACGACAUUCCAAAUGCUCUGUUGGAUUUCCUAGAAGCAUCAAAACUCAUCCCUCAAAAUGCCAAUCUUCACCACACAAUCGGACUCUGUUAUCACAAACUUGGACUCUUGUCUGAUGCGGUUGCCAAAUUCACAAAAGUACUGGAAUUGAAUCCACACCACGUUGAAGCACAUCUUUGCCGAGGCAAUGUAUACAUGGAUCUACUAACACCAUAUGGCUACAAAAAGGCGAGGAACGAUUAUAUGAUGGCUAUCUAUUUUGAUCCAUUCUGUCUGGCUGCUCGUAUAAACUUUGCAAUUGUUUUACAGUCUAUGGGUUAUUACCAUCGAGCAUGGAUACACUUCACUGUCAUCUGUGAAAUAGACGAAUCUUACAUAUCAGCAUUUGAGGGACGAGCAAUUAUUUGUCUUCAGAUGGGAAAUACGUACGGUGCUUUUGUGGAUCUAAAUAGAGCCAUUCGCCUGAGACCAUCUGCAGAGCUGCUAAUAAACAGAGGAGUCACCAAUCAGUUCAUGAAUGAUCCUGUCAAUGCAAUGGGAGACUUUAAAGCUGCAAUUCAGAUGAAUCCUGGUUAUGCGCUAGCGCAUUUCAAUGCAGCCAACUUGCUUUUCUCACAGCGUCAGUUUCAUAGGGCAUUGCAAUAUUACGAUAGUGCACAGAAGUUGGAUAAAUCAGAUGAGUCAGUACUUCUUAAUCGAGGGAUUACAAAGGUAUUGCUUGGUGACUUAUCAGGAGCCAUGACUGACUUCAAUGCAGCUGUCGAAUUGAGUCCAUACUGGGCACACGUCUACUACAACAGGGGUAACCUGCACAAGUCACUAGGCCAAUUUGCAAAAGCUGAAGAAGACUACACUAGAGCACUCAACCUACAACCACAAGACACUGCAAUCCACAACAAACGAGCCUACGUUAUUGGACGUCAAGGACGACAAAAGGAGGCUGCGAAACUGUAUUUGGAAGCUGCGGAAAUGGAAGCAACAUGAGACAUCACUCUUGAGCUGGCUAUACAAAAUUUUAGGACAAAAUAGAGUUCCUCUCUGUGAGAAGAAAUUCCGUAACAAUUGAAAUUGGAUAUUACAACUUGACGUAGAUGAACACAAUUAAUUAAAUAAUUAUUUAAAACUAAGGGCAUUCACACACAAGCAAUUUGCUGCAUGAAACAGAAGCAUGCAGAACACACAGAUGGCAGAUUACAUGUGAUAACAAAGCAAAUCCAACAAUAAUGUAAGCUCUUAGUGACAAA